AUGGACGGCGAGAGGGGCCUGCAGAAGCAGAAGAAGAACAAGAUCCCCGCUGAGGACCUUCCUUCGGAAGCAGAGCCGAGCGAGGAGUGCGACUCGCAGGAUCUCUUUCGGCCCAGGCCACGAGCCAAGGACUGGUACCAGAAGUUUCCUGAGGAAAAGGCGCGGACAGAGGCAUCCGAGGAGCCCGAGUGGCAUCCCAAGCUGCCGUGGCAGCCGCGGCAACGAGAGUGGGCAGGCUCCGAGCCCCGGAAGUGGAGGCAAGAGAAGUGGAGGGAGCAGGAGAAGUGGAAAGAUCAAAAGUGGACCACCAGGGACAGGGACAGGGACGACAGGGGCGCCGGCGACUGGCGCAACGAUUGGAGUAGUUGGUCAAAGACGGUGCGGGUCGGCGAGGACGGGCUGCUGGUUAUCAUCUUGCGCGAGAUGGGCAUCGAGGACGACGAGCUGCAGAGCUUCUGCGCGUGGCUGCCCCAGGGCCUGGAGCACAUCCGCAGGUCUCACAGCAACCUCUUCGUGACCCGAGGCAACAUCAUCCUGGCGAAGGAGUUGGACCUCUCGAAGAAUCGGAUCACCGACCAGGGCCUCAAGGUGCUGCUGACCACCCUGAAGGAAAAUCGGGUGGUGCUUGGAGUGUGCCGGCUCUACCACAACAGGCUGGGGAAGCAUUCGGCCUCCAUGCUGGCCAUGUGGAUCCGCACGGCGCCCUGGGCGCUCUUCGAGCUGCACCUCUCCCACAACCGGAUCCCCACCGAAGGAGCGAUAGAGAUCGUCCAGGCCGUUGCGAACACCGACAAGUAUCCCCCGGAUCGGCCCAACAGCAAAGGCAUGCACAUCCCACUGUGGCUGCGCAUGGAGCACAAUGAAAUCGAGGAGUCCUUCGCCAUAGAGGCGGAGAGAAUCAUGCGCCAGGCGCGGCCCCACGUGCGGGGCGCGCUGAUCUGCUGGCUCACGCCCAAGCAGAGCGAGAGGUCCUGCAGGAGUGACUUCUGUGGGCUCUCCAACAAGUACCACUGCCCCGUCAUCCAUAUGCCAUAUUUGCCUCGGCAGAAGGCGUGGGAUGCGAUGCAUAGCACCACCGAGAAGGAGCGGCAGCGGAAGGUGCGGGAGACCUGGUGGCAGGCGGGGGACGGUGAGAAGAAGCAGGUGAAGGAGUGGCAGGUGAAGACGGAUCGUGAGGCCAAAGUGGCGGCGAAGCCUACCUCUGGCAGCCCGGAGGCGACAGACACGUCGCCAGAGGCGGAUCAGGAACCUGUGCAAGCAUCUGAAAGCACUGGAGAGGUGGAAGAGGCUACCGCGGCAGAAGAGCCGGAGGGCGAGACUGCAGAACCCUCCGCUGAGGCGACAGACGCGUCGCCAGAGGCGGAUCAGGAGCCUGUGCAAGUAUCUGAAAGCGCUGGAGAGGUGGAAGAGGCUACCCCGGCGGAAGAGCCGGAGGGCGAGACUGCAGAACACUCCGCUGAGGCGACAGACGCGUCGCCAAAGGCGGAGCAGGAACCUGUGCAAGUAUCUGAAAGCACUGGAGAGGCGAGAGACGCGUUGGCCCAGGAAGAUCAGGCGCCUGCGCAGGCAGCUGAAAGCGCUGAAGAGGCGACUGACGUGUCACGGGCGGAUCAGUCGCCGCAGCCAGCUGAAAGUACCGAGGUGUCAGAAGCUUUCCUAGCAGCAGAGCCAGUGGACGAGCCUGCAGACCACCCUGCUGAGGCGAUAGAUGCGUCUCCAGCGGUGGAUCAGGCUGCGCAGCUAGGUGGAACCACUGCAGAGGUGCCAGAAGCUUUCCUGGCGGCAGAGCCAGUAGACGAGCCUGCAAACCACCCUGCUGAGGCGAUAGACGCGUCCCCAGAGGUGGAUCAGGCUGCUCAGCUAGGAGGAAGCACUGCAGAGGUGUCAGAAGCUUUCCUGGCGGCAGAGCCAGUAGACGAGCCUGCAGACCACCCUGCAGAGGCGAUAGACGCGUCCCCAGAGGUGAAUCAGCAGUUAGGAGGAAGUACUGCAGAGGUGCCAGAAGCUUUCCUGGCGGCAGAGCCAGUAGACGAGCCUGCAGACCACCCUGCAGAGGCGAUAGACGCGUCCCCAGAGGUGAAUCAGCAGUUAGGAGGUGGCGGAAGCUGCGGAGCCGGCGACAAAGAAUUUCGCCUGAUCGGAUUUUAUUUAUCGCUCUUGAUGCUCUUGCUCGGCGCCGCGCUGGUGCUCCCGCGCCGGAUGGAGGGGCAGGAGGACCCGCUGGAGAAGAUGCUGCAGCCUGAGGCCCAGCCAAUCCGCUACGGCCAAGCCGUGUGCUUCCGCGCGAUUGAGACCGGGCGAUGCCUGGACGUGGCCAACGCAAAGGUGUCAGCGCGCUGGUUCGACCGGGGCGACUGGCAGACCUUCCUUCUUUGCCCCUCGGCCUCUGCAGCACAAGAGGGCGCGGCCACGGGCGCCUUCCUGCACGAUGGCGACACCGUGCGGUUGCUGGCGCACACUGGCGCCUGCCUGGCGGUGAGCAACACCGGCAAGGCGCGGGGCAAGGAGGUUGGGAGGAACGGGUGCAAACAGUUCGAGGACUGGCAGCCAGGCAGACUUGCCACCGUUCAAGUCGCUUGGGUUCAGAAGUCCGGGUGCGCCUCUCGGGCGGAUGGCGGCCUGGCGCCUGCAGAGUCUGCGCAGGGCUGCGGCCUGGACACGCCAGGCGCCGACUUCCGUGCUCUGUUUUUUCAUUGGCGGAACUUAGAAGCAGAAGAGGUGGCAGAUGUGAACGGUGGAUUCUUUGUUGACAUGGUGAAAUGGGAAGUAUCGGAAAGAGGAAGGUUUGAGAGCAACCGACAGGUGGAUGGCCUGGGGCCGGUGCUCUCGCCAGCGCAGGCCAAGCAAGUCGCCUUCCGUUGGGCGGCAGCUGACUUAUCCGCUGUUGGCGAACUCGUGGGAGGCGUCGAUGCCUGCGCUCGGCGUUGGUCGACCACAUUGCGCGAUUUGCUUGCAUCGAGCCCGAGCAACAGCAGCCGGCCAAAGACUUGCAAGUGCGGGCGUGCCCGGCCAUCCUUUGGAUUUGCAGGUGAUGCUGCGCCUUCCUGCUGCGGCAGAUGCAGGACCCAGGACAUGGUGCGGCUUCGUGGUCCAGUUUGCAGUUGUGGCAAAGCGUUUCCUAUUUUUGGAAUGCCGGGAGAUGCACGGCCCACUUGCUGCGUCAAGUGCAAGACAGCCGACAUGGUGGACAUCAAGCAUCGCACAUGCACAUGUGGCAAAACGCAGCCUUCCUUUGGAAUGCCAGGAGAUGCACGGCCCACUUGCUGCGCCAAGUGCAAAGUGGCAGGCAUGAUGGACAUUGUGACUUCCAAAUGCAAAUGUGGCAAGUCAAAGCCGCAUUUUGGAAUGCCUGGAGAUGCACGGCCCUCUUGCUGUGCCAAGUGCAAAACGGCAUACAUGGUCGUGAUCGGCAAACACGCAUGCACAUGCGGAAAAACAUGGGCAGUUUUUGGCCUGCCCGGAGAUGCACGUGCUUCUUGCUGCGCUGCAUGCAAGACAGCACACAUGGUUGACAUCAAGCGCCGCACAUGCACAUGUGGCAAAGCGCAGCCUUUGUUUGGAAUGCCAGGAGAUUUACGGCCCACGUGCUGCGCCAAGUGCAAAGUGGCAGGCAUGAUGGACAUUGUGACUUCCAAAUGCAAAUGUGGCAAGUCAAAGCCGCAUUUUGGAAUGCUUGGAGAUGCACGGCCCUCUUGCUGUGCCAAGUGCAAAGCGGCAGGCAUGAUGGACAUUGUGACUUCCAGAUGCAAAUGUGACAAGUCAAAACCGCAUUUUGGAAUGCCUGGAGAUGCACGGCCCUCUUGCUGUGCCAAGUGCAAAACGGCAUGUAUGGUGGUGAUCGGCAAUCGCGCAUGCAAAUGUGGAAAAACAUGGGCAGUUUUUGGCCUGCCCGGAGAUGCACGCGCUUCUUGCUGCGCUGCAUGCAAGACAGCACACAUGGUUGACAUUGUGAAUCCCAUGUGUUCUGUGUGUGGCAAGCGUGCUGUCUUUCCAGAUGCAUUGGGCAAGCCACGGCAGCUUUGCGCAGUGCAUUCUGCGGAGGUUGGCGCGCACGUGCUGUCUUCUCCACGGUACUCGCGCAUUUCGAAUGACUGCUUGGAUGCCUUGGAAAAAGACACUGGACACGAGUUUCCGUUUCGAUAUCGAUUCGACCAAAAGAAGGGAACCUGGUCUGGCAAGGAAGUUUCAGGGCUGAUUCCUGGCCGUGCCCUGCAGCCUGAUGCAUAUCACCCAGAGAAUCGUGAAAUCGUGGAGUUCUUGGGGAAGUACUACCAUGGCUUCCCCCCAGAUCACCCGCAGCACAGCAGCUUCGUGUGCGUGGGCGGCCGGCCGGCCAUGGAGCUCUACCAGGAGACCAUGGCACGCCUGGAUCUGUUCGCGGCGGCGGGGCUGCGGGUCUCUUACGUCUGGGAGCACGAGUUCACGGAGUGGCAGAGGGCAGCUGCGGGCAGUGCAGCCCCGCCGAUCUCCAGCAUCCUUCGUGCACACAUUCCCGCAUCGCCAGAUAGAUGCCAUGCAGAGGAUACCGGCCGGAGUCCGUGA